GAGGAGCUGCUCGCCUCUCGAGCUCAGACUGCGCUUCGCUGUCAAGGAAGCAGGAUCCAUUUCAGAGGAUUCUCUCUUUUUUUCCUCUAAGAGACUAAAACAGCAAAUUCAAACACUUUAAGAUGUGGUCAUUUAUUGUGAUUGGCCUUGCCGUCAUCUCAAAGGUGUGUGGUUAUCCAAGUGGUAACUUCCCACAGGCGUGUGGAGAUAUGUUACCUCAGCACGGCGCUAAUCCUCAGAACUCCCCGCCGCCCUAUGAGGUUUCUUACCAAAACGGCAACGUUGGAGACCCAAUCAUAGUCUGUCUCCGCAGCACGGGAGACAAAAUAUUCAUGGGAUUCAUGCUGAAGGCUCUGGAGAAGGACGAAGAUGGAGGCCCACCUCUUGGGACAUUCAGCUUGAUUGAAUCUUAUGUGAAUCGACUCUUGUCUUGUAAUGGUUUACCAGACUCGGUUGUCAGUCAAAGGAGUAAUACAUUUAAGACUCAAACGUGCGUCAACUGGACGCCUCCGGCUGCAAACAAUACCAAAAUAAUUUUCAGAGCCACAUUUCUUCACAAAUAUCAUUUAUUCUGGACAAAUGUGGAUGUGGAUUUUUCUCCACCCACCAUCCCAAGGCCUAGUACUCAUCCAGCUACUUUAAGUACUCAACCAAGUACCACUACAAGUCCUCAUCCAGGUACCACUACACGUCCUCAUCCAGGUACUACUACAAGUACUAGUACAAGUACUCAACCAAGUACCACUACAAGUCCUCAUCCAGGUACUACUGCAAGUACUAGUACAAGUACUAAACCAAGUACUACUUCAAGUACUAAUUCAAGUACUAGUACAAGUACUCAACCAAGUACCACUACAAGUCCUCAUCCAGGUACUACUGCAAGUACUAGUACAAGUACUAAACCAAGUACUACUUCAAGUACUAAUUCAAGUACUAGUACAAGUACUCAACCAAGUACUACUUCAAGUACUAAUUCAGGUACCAAUACAAUUACUACAACAAGUACUGAGCCAAUCACUAUAAUAAGUACUAAUAUGUCAAAUACCACAGCGGAAAGCACGACCACUCCAGAGGCGAACAAUACUUUCUACGUGUUGGAGAAAGCAGGCACUGUGGAGAUUAACUUUGUCACUUUCUUGGGGGUACUUAAAAUGGAACUGUCUAAUAUAUUUCUUACUGCCCUCUUCAACGGCCCCUGUUCUCGUCGUCUAAAUAAGAUGUCUCAGAUAUUCUUCAUGGUGGUGUGUGGAGCUGUUGAAAUAUCGUCUCUGGUCUUGUUCUGUCUGGUCGAUCCCAUCAAAGUCACUCUCGUUGCUCUUGUGUCUGUGGCGAUUGGGAUUAAUUUCGUAGAGCUGGUGAUCGUCUGCCUGCCAAUUGGACCCAGUCAUGAACUGAAGGAGAUCAGUGACCACGCUGUCAAUGUGUCUUCAUUCAUCCACCAGAUUUUUACAACUGCUGUCAUCUUUGUUGGUAUUUUGGAGCUUGACAAAUACAAGAAUCACUGGACGGACUCUCGGAUUCUGAAAGUGAUGGUGGCUUUCGCAGUGUUACUCCUCCUGUUUGAAAUGUGGGUUUUCGUAAGCAGCACUCAAAGGAAAGCAAUGCUGAGGAGGAGGAGAACAGGGUGGUCACGAAACAGUGAGAGGGCCAGGCGAAGAGGAAAAAAGGAGAAGUUGGGUGCAGCUGAGGGGAUUUUCAUCGCUGUCUCAGUCAUCUUCUUGGUGGGAAUCUUGUGUUUUGCUGUCGCUGUCGCUGUUAUGCUACUCGGAUGUCAUCAAGAUCGGGGAUGUGCCUGAAGGUGUGCUGGUACUUUGAUGCGUGUAAUUCAAAGUGGUUUUAUUCAUGAAUGCGAAUUGAAUUCAAAUCCAAGUUUCCUUACUUAUGUUACUAAUUGUGUAUGAUACAUUAUGUGCACUUUUCUCGUUACCUUGUUUGUAUUCUGCUUCUGUGACUUGCACAUUAAACAUUUUUUUUUCAAAAUA